CCGACGAGGUGGAGGAUGCACCAAGCCCAACCACCACCUUUCUCAGCUUCCCAAGCGCGACAUCCUUCAAAAACCCUAGCCGUCGUCCUCUUCGUCUUCCUCCUCCUCCUCCGAAAGCAGCGCUGCCACCGAGAGAGAAGCAUUCGUGCCGCGGCAAGUCCCAUCGACACAGAGCGAGCGAAAAUGGUUUCCGGGUCGGGGCUGUGCGCGAAGCGGGUGGUGGUGGACGGCCGCCACCACAUGCUGGGGCGGCUGGCGUCCGUGCUGGCGAAGGAGCUCCUGAACGGCCAGCGGGUGGUGGUGGUCCGGUGCGAGGAGAUCUGCCUCUCCGGCGGCCUCGUGCGGCAGAAGAUGAAGUACCUGCGGUUCCUCAGGAAGCGCAUGAACACCAAGCCCUCCCACGGCCCCAUCCACUUCAGGGCCCCCGCGAAGAUCCUGUGGCGCACCAUCCGUGGGAUGAUUCCUCACAAGACUAAGCGAGGAGCGGCAGCGCUUGCACGCUUGAAGACCUUUGAGGGUGUUCCACCACCUUAUGACAAGGUUAAAAGAAUGGUCAUCCCUGAUGCGCUCAAGGUGUUGAGGCUCCAGGCUGGUCACAAAUACUGCUUGCUGGGCAGGCUUUCAUCUGAAGUGGGAUGGAAUCACUAUGAAACUAUUAAGGAACUUGAGAGAAAGAGGAAGGAGAGAUCGCAGCUUGUAUACGAGAGGAAGAAGCAGUUGACCAAGCUGAGGGUUAAGGCCGAGAAGGCCGCUGAAGAGAAGCUCGGUGCCCAGAUGGAAGUCAUCGCGCCCAUAAAAUAUUGAUUCCGGGAUCUUCUCCUCCUUUUUUCCGGCUACAUUUAUUUGGGUCAUCGUUAAAUUACACAUUAUGGAGACCGAUUGUUUCAGUUUUGGUUCUUCCUUUUCAGCCAUAUCCUAGUUACAGAGCUUGCAAAUUUGUUGUUCUUAGAUUGAAGACCUUGCACUUUUCUACCUUGAUCUGAAGUUCGAUUAA